AUGGCCACUCAAGAGCAAAACGAGGGCUUCGAAACCACGGAUGUGAUAAUAUGUGGAUGUGGACCGACUGGGGCACUGCUAAGUGGACUUUUAGGUCGAAUGUGCGUCAAGAAUGUUGUCUUGGAGAAAGAGCUGGAAAUCGUGACCGAUCCGCGUGGUAUUGCUCUGGAUGAAGACGGGAUUCGACUUCUACAGGAACUAGGUCUGUAUAAACAGGUCCACGGCGAGAUCGGACAGCAUAUUGGUUGGACUUUGUUUACAUCUGGAAAGAAUGGACUCAUGACCAAGCCAUUCAUGAAAAUGAAUCUAAGCACCACCGAAGGGGGAACUGGCCAUGUUGCAGCCAUCUGCCACAAACAGCCUGUAAUGGAAAAGAAUAUCCGCAUGGUCGCGAACAGCUGCCCCAGCUCGCAGCUGCGCCUAGGGUCGACAAUUGUGGGUAUAGAAGAAGAGAGGGACUUUGUUCGAGCCCAGUACAUCGACAAGAAUGGUACACAACGUACGAUCCAGGGCAGGUUCUUUGUUGGGGCAGAUGGGAAAACCGGCUUCACACGAAAACGCUAUCUGGAAUCAAAAGGAGUUUCCCUCCAGACGCUUUCUGGCUAUGAGUACCAGGAGACGUGGGUAGCAAUGAACUGGCACAUGAAUCUCCCCACGCCAGAGACACAUCCAGACUUCCCCCUCUGGAAACUUAACUACACCCCUGAACAAGUCUACGACAAAUUCUUCCCACCAGGUUUUCGAUUCAUUGGCAAUCCUGGUAGGCCCUCGGUCUGUGGAAGUUUCGGUCCACGGAGCGAGAGACUCUGGAGAUUCGAAUUCGUGGUGGACAAGGGAGAGGAUCCACAUGAAAUGGCUACUUGGGAAAGGACUUCUGAAAUCGUCCUACCAUACUUGACUCAUCCAGGCGCGGAUUGCGGGGUGAAAGAUUCUGUGCAAUACCCAAUUGAUUGCAUCCAUGUUCUGCGAUCGAGGCCUUUCACUUUUGCAGCCCGAAGCUGCAACAAGUGGGCCGUCGGAAGAGUGGUACUCUGUGGUGAUGCAGCCCAUGUCAUGCCUCCAUUCGGCGGCCAAGGUAUUGCCUCGGGAUUUAGAGACGCCUCUGGUAUUGCAUGGAGGCUCGCACUAGCUUGUCGGCCUGGAUUCGACGGAAGCUACGAAGACCUCUUCAACGGGUGGUUUUUAGAACGAAAGCAGCAGCUGGACCUCUCACUUGCUGCUACGGUGGCCAACGGAAGUCUGACAACAGCGCGGAAUCCCACGAAGAUCUUUUUCAGGGAUUGGAUUCUGUGGUUGAUGCAACUUGUUCCCAGUCUCAGACAUAGGCUUGAAUUAGGCCCACGCGCAGGCGGCAUGCAACGAUACAGAUUCAGCCCCGGAAUGGCGUUCCUGCCCGAGCUAGCAGGCGGACGUUGUUUGCCUCAGGUGUAUUGUUGCGCAGUCCACCCCUCGACCAAGGCUCUAUCCGCAAAGAUCCAAUUUACAGACGACGUGUUCCUCAAUGGACCAAGGGCCAAUGCACUGCUGCGACUCCUCGUUGUGGUCGAUGAUAUGGAGCAGGCCGAGAAGGUGUGGUCGGAGCUCAAAACCCUGGAGCUUGACGAGGCCUCCAACAACGAGAUCCGGAAGGACUCUGCUUUCUUCCUCAUCCAUUCACGCUUACUUCCAACUCGGCCAGCAAGCACUUCGUCGGAUAUCCCCCGGCAAAAUGUGUAUCGCGUAGCCACUGCAGACGAGUUUGGUGCAUCAGACCUUUGCAAAAACAGGCCCUACCCGACCGGGUACGACAUGUAUCGGAUCAAAAAGGACGUUGGAGGCAGGAACGAUACACUACUCCGACAUGCAAGAAUCCACAGCCAGGAUUCGACCGUUGCCGGCCAGGGCACGAAAGCCGCACCGAAGGAAACGCCACAGACAGUCAAUCAAGACGCAUCUCCCUCCCGUACCUCUACUUCGGCUUCCAGAUCCAGGAUCCUUGAGGGACGAGCUGCCACUUUGUACGACACCCAAUCUACGCCAGCGUCACAUUCUUCGGGCAACUCGUCAGGCUUCGCCCCUUAUGGGAAUGUGCGAGACCCAGGUGCCGGAUUGGACUCAACUUUCCCAAGGGUAUCUACGCCACAAAUUAUCUCAGACAAUCCGGUAGGAGCAAUACAACCUCUGGGAGAGAGUCUCCAGGCGCCUGUGAUCUUCAAUCAAUCUCAUAUCGCGGCGAGCAUGCCGCCAGCUCCCGCCGUAGUCGGAGCUGAUGCCUCUAUAAGCACCCAAACCAAUCCUUUCAACUUCAGUGGACACCUCGAGACACAUCCAUUCGUAGAUCAACUUACUGAUGUCCACUCCGGCCAAUGGCUCCUGGAAGACGACUUCGACUUUACUAUAUUCGAACACAUGGGCUUCAGCAAUACUCUUCAUGAACCACAUCUUAUGCAUCAUGAGGACAACUUCAGCUCGCCGGCCCACCAAAAGUCGGAGAGGUCCAACAUUCGACCAGCCGUCCUGGAUCUCAGACAGAUCUGGUAUAUCCAGAUUUCCGGCACGGCAAACGAGCCGGACCCAGAUUCUGGGACCGUUACCCCAAGAGAUAUCCCUACGACGUCCGUUGACAAUAUCGACGAAACCUACCGUGUGAGGAUGGCAAAGAAGCUGCGCCCAGUCCUGCGGGAUGAACCGUUACCCUCCAUCGACUUUAUGAAUCUGUGUAUUCAUCUCUUUUUCACUAGAUUUAACGUCGCUUUACCUCUCAUACAUAGCCCUACUUUUCGGCCAACACACAGCAAUGCUCUGUUGGUCCUCUCAAUUUGUUCGGCAGGGUGUCUGUCGCUAGGCUCCGAGAUAUCUGCUAAAACAGGCUCCAUGCUCUUUGAAAGGGUGAACAAGGCUAUUCUCGUUGCUCCUUGGGAAAGGAACCUUCCUCGGACCAGUGACCAAACUUGGAACGUCGUGAAGGCUUCGAUGAUAGGGCAGACUUACGCACUACUGUCGGGCGAUCCGGCUCACCGAGCAACGGCCGCUGCCUACCAUGGGUCCCUCAUCGCGCUUGCCCGUCACCACAAGUUGUUUAACCCCGCGCCGUCUUUUCAUCUUCCUGACGAUCCCUCUGCCGAAGCUCUAGACAAAGCAUGGAGGACGUGGGCCAAGCAGGAAGAGCUAAGAAGGAUGGCGGUGUUACUUUAUAUCCACGACGCCGAGAUCUCAGCUUUAUUCCAUCAUGAGCCGGUCUUUCGCCACAACGCGGGAUAUAUACCAACGGUCUCCUCCUCAGAGCUCUUUUGCGCUCCAUCUGCAGCUACAUGGGCUUCAUUGCUGCGGGUAGAACAAAGAGAAAUGCAAUUUGGGACCUCCAAUUAUGGAAGCGAAACCACAAGUGCUUUCGACAUUGGGCAAAGAGGGAUGGGUGGCGAGAGUCAGUCUGCUGCUGUCUUGCAAAGAGGAUUAAAAUAUCGCAACAUAUUGAACGUGUAUAACAGCCUCUCUGGUAUCAGUGCGUCAAUUUGUGAAUGCCGACAUUUGGAUCUCCUCUCUUUCAAUAUGGUGAGCAAAUUCGAGUCCGAUCUUCUCACUUGGUACGCAUCCACUCCGAAGGACUUCAAAAUGUCGUGCAACCCUUCACUGCAAACGGAAGCUCCUUUCAGUUUGCUUCCACUAUGGCAUUACAACUUCCUCGCCUUGAGCACGGAUCUAAAUCUUCUCGAGAUCGCGAGUGGCAAAGAAGGUAGCGAAGUUUCUUCAUUGAUCCGCGAGUCGGUUACGUCCUGGAUCAGGUCCUUGGACUCCAAAAGGUGCCUGCUCCAUGCCCUUUUCCUGCAGAAUUUGAUCGUAUCGACACAUAUGGGAGCACUUGUCGCCAUUCAUACUCCACGGAUUCUUUUCUCGGCCGCGAUUUGUUGGUAUUGCUACAUGCUAUAUCUCCCAGGGAGCUCCUCUGCGUCCAUGCCAUGGGCCUCCUCGUUUCCGGAUGGGAUGUUUGAACCUCUAAAUUCGCUGCCUGAGAUUCAGCUACUUCGCGAAGGGAAAAGUAUGGAUUCUACCAACAUUUACCCGGUGCCGCACAUUCUGGAUGAAACUCUUGCUGCUCUGCCGAAAAUCCUGGCCGCAAAUAUUGCCGAGAUGAAAGCCGACACUCUUUGCGUUAUUGAAUGCAUUCUCCGCAGACUUGGGACAACAGGUAUUUCACUGCGAUUUGCAGACAUCAUUCAAGUGUUUAUUUCUGGUGAGAAAGAUAGCCUGAAAGCAGAUCAGCAGGCAGUGUGA